UCCUCAUGCGGAUGCAGUAAAAUCCAAGAUGGAGGUGGACGGUACUGAUCAUAUGGAGAUGGGGGAGAGUAAAGGUGGUUCUGGUCUCCGACAGUACUACUUAUCUAAGAUAGAAGAGUUACAAUUGACAGUUAAUGACAAGAGCCAGAAUCUCAGACGUCUGCAGGCGCAGAGAAAUGAGCUCAAUGCCAAAGUGCGUCUCCUUCGUGAGGAGCUGCAAUUACUACAAGAGCAGGGGUCGUAUGUCGGGGAAGUGGUGAGGGUCAUGGACAAAAAGAAAGUGCUGGUCAAGGUUCACCCAGAAGGAAAAUUUGUCGUGGAUGUGGACAAGAACAUUGACAUCAAUGAUGUGACUCCCAAUUGCCGUGUGGCUCUGCGUAACGACAGCUACACGCUGCACAAGAUCUUGCCCAACAAGGUGGACCCUCUGGUAUCCCUUAUGAUGGUGGAGAAGGUGCCGGACUCUACCUAUGAAAUGAUUGGCGGCCUGGAUAAGCAGAUCAAGGAGAUCAAAGAAGUGAUUGAGCUGCCUGUCAAGCACCCCGAGCUGUUUGAGGCUUUAGGCAUUGCCCAGCCCAAGGGCGUGCUGCUGUACGGCCCCCCGGGAACAGGGAAGACGCUGCUGGCGAGAGCCGUGGCCCACCACACCGACUGCACCUUCAUCAGGGUGUCUGGCUCGGAGCUGGUCCAGAAGUUUAUUGGAGAGGGCGCCCGUAUGGUGCGCGAGCUGUUCGUCAUGGCCAGAGAACACUCUCCUUCCAUCAUCUUCAUGGAUGAGAUCGACUCCAUCGGCUCAACUCGCCUGGAGGGCGGCUCCGGCGGUGACAGUGAGGUGCAGAGGACGAUGUUGGAGCUGCUCAAUCAACUGGACGGUUUCGAGGCCACCAAGAACAUCAAGGUCAUUAUGGCCACCAACCGUAUUGACAUCUUGGACUCGGCUCUGCUGAGGCCAGGCAGGAUCGACAGGAAGAUCGAGUUCCCGCCUCCAAAUGAAGAGGCCCGUCUGGACAUCUUGAAGAUCCAUUCCAGGAAGAUGAACCUGACACGCGGCAUCAAUCUGAAGAAGAUUGCAGAGCUGAUGCCGGGAGCGUCUGGUGCUGAAGUUAAGGGUGUUUGCACAGAGGCAGGGAUGUACGCUCUGAGAGAAAGGAGAGUGCAUGUCAACCAGGAGGACUUUGAGAUGGCUGUUGCAAAGGUGAUGCAGAAAGACAGCGAGAAGAACAUGUCGAUCAAGAAGCUGUGGAAGUAGAAGGCCUUGUGCACAAUGCGAACACAUGUAUAUUUUCUUUCUUUUCUUUUUAUGGUUUGGUUUAUAAUUGUCAUUCUAGAGUAAAUGGUUACCCCAAAUACUG